UAUGCAGAUCAUAAACGAACUAGCUUACGUGAAAUCGUUUAGCACAGACUUUGCAUAUCACAUUUCUCAACUUUCCUCAUCAUUUCCUGCUCUCCCGCCUCCUCCUCUUCUCAGCCAAAAAUACUGGGACCGAAAGAUGAGCGCGCACUUCACUGAAAACCAACGCAAACUCAAACAAUGGAUAUGUGAAAAGAUAACUCUGACAAAAUUACAUCAUUUCACCGUCACAUGCCAAGAAAAAGGUGAGGAGGCUGUCAAAGGGAGAUGACUGCCAACAAGAGCUCCAAAACUGCACCAAGAGCAGGAGCGGCUAAAGGUUCACAGGAAAACUCAGACAGGUGUCAAUCUGUGUCCCCACCACCAAUUCUUACUACUGGAAAAGAGCCAGUUUCCUCUUACCUCAGUGGCAGCGAGGAUACCAGUCAGCAAGGAAAGUACGGUAAAGCUGAUGCUAAACUCUGGACUCAAAAGAACUGGAGCUGUAAGACUGCCAGCUUGAGAAGUGGCGCCUCGCUCUCCACUGACUUUGAAUUUCAAAGCAGGCUGACAAAAUCUAGGAGCAUUAGCUGUCUGGACAAGAAGCUCACCAUCCAUAAGCCACCAAGUGGUGAUAGGCAGGAUCAGAAGGAGAAUCAGCCACAACAGACCCCCCCUAUUGGGGAUGGAUUGAAUACUGGACUGCUCAGCUUAAGUACUACUUCAGUAGGACCUUCUAAGCUUGGGCACAAGCGAACAUUCUCACUCAGUCAUACAGGGACGUGCACCUCAUCAAUCGCCAUACGCAAAAAGAUCUCGCAAUGGGAGGGUCGGAAGGAGGCUUUGUCUAGGAUGAGCCUUUGCCUUGAGAAGAGGCCUGGAGGUGGGAGCGAGGGUUGCCCAAGCCUGCUGUCCUCACCCUGCAGUGAGACGACCUUUGACUUUAAAGGGGUCAGGAGGAUGAGCACGGCAUUUUCUGAGUGCUCCUACCCCGAGACUGAGGAAGAUGAGCACACAUCAGAUCGUGAAGCUCCUAUAAGGUUCCAGAAGAGGCCUUCAAAGACAGAGUCCUCAGGGAUUUUCCUCCGCACAUUCUCGGCACGCAAGGAGACCUCAGCCGUGCUCAGCCGCAUUCAAAAAAUUGAACAAGCCUUGAAGGAAAGUCCUACUUCAUCCCCACCACAGUAUCUUAGCAAUUGCUAUGGCCUUGACAAGUCAAGACAGAAGUCUUUUACCAUCAGUGGGACAGAGGACUUGGAUAGCACUUGUGGCAGCAAGCGGAGUAGCAUCUGCUCUGUGGCAACUGAACCUGAUGUCUCUCCUGGGUCUGACAGAUUGUUCAAGCUCAAGCAAAGAUUCAGCAUCAGCUCUACCAGGUCAGAGAGCCCAGAACUCCCUUCUGCACAGGACUCUCCUGGAAUUACAGUGAACCCUUUGCCCAAACCCAAACGAACGUUUGAGUAUGAUGCGAACCGGAAUCACAAAAGCUUGCUGCCUGGUAAUGGACUACCUCCCUCAACUGAAUCUCCACCUCCACUUCCUUCCACUCCAGCACCUGCUAUAGUGACAAAUUCCAAGACUGAUGAAAGUAAGCUUAAGAAGACUCAAGACAGAGAGUCAUGUGAGUCAGAAGAUGCUGUCAGUCUGCCUUCCUCACCCACAGAAAAUGGCACAGUAAACCACAGUCGGCCCAGCUCCAAGAGCACGCUAGAGGAAAACGCCUAUGAGGACAUAGUGGAGAAAGAGAAUCCAUAUGAGGAUGUAGAUCCAGUGAGGAGAUGUCUGGCCAGAAAUUCCCGCCUGUUACCCGAGAGGUCCCGGGAUUCACUCAACAGGAUGUGGACCUCCCAAGAAAGGAAGUCCAUAACACCUCCCCAGCUGCCCUCUAAACCGAGCAGUCAGUCUCUGCGGCUGCCAGGUCCUGCUGACAGGAAGAGCCAGCGCCCGUCCCGUCUGUCUAAGAGGCACAGUCAUGAUGACAUGCUGCUGCUCCCCCAGCUGGGCAUGCCUUCCUCCCCCUGUGGCCUAUUAGAUGACAGCCUGAACCCUUCCACCGAUACCUUGGCCUCCCACAGGCAGAAACGAGUCCCCAAGGUGGUGUUGAGAAUAAACUCUAUCUACUGUACCAAAAGAGGCAAGAAGAGGCUAAAGAAGCUUUCACUUUCAAACAUAGAAACUGCAUCUUUACGAGAUGACAACAGCGAGAGUGAAAGUGACUCUGACGACAGGUUCAAAGCACACACUCAGAGGUUGCUGAAGCUGCAGUCUAUCCUGCGACGCGCACCCAGUUACAGGACGCUGGAGCUGCAGUUGAUUGAGUGGCAGGAAAGGGAGCUUUUUGAAUACUUUGUGGUGGUCUCGCUGAAGAAAAAGCCCACCAAAAACUCUUACGCUCCAGAAGUUACCUACCAGUUUCCCAAGCUAGAGAGACUCACCAAGCAGAUGAGGGAAGCUGAACAGAGACUCAAGGCUAUUCCACAGUUCUGCUUCCCAGAUGCCAAAGACUGGAGCCCUGUGUCUGAAUACAACAGUGAGACCUUCUCUUUCAUGCUCACUGGAGAAGAUGGCAGUAGACGAUUUGGAUAUUGCAGACGGCUUCUGCCGAGUGGGAAAGGGCCUCGCCUUCCUGAAGUCUAUUGUGUCAUCAGUCGACUGGGCUGUUUCAACCUGUUUUCCAAGAUUCUUGAUGAGGUGGAGAGGAGGAGAGGGAUCUCAGCUGCGCUGGUGUAUCCUUUCAUGAGAAGUGUGAUGGAGUCGCCUUUCCCAGCACCAGGCAAAACCAUAAAAGUCAAAACCUUCCUGCCUGGAGCAGGAAAUGAGGUGAUUGAGUUAAGGAGGCCCAUGGACUCUAGACUGGAGCACGUGGACUUAGAGAGUCUGUUCAACUGCCUGAGCGUACGACAGGUGGUUCGUGUUUUUGCCUCUCUGCUGCUGGAACGAAGGGUCAUCUUCGUGGCUGACAAGCUGAGUACUCUUUCCAGCUGUGUUCAUGCGGUGGUGGCUUUGCUCUACCCCUUCUCCUGGCAGCACACCUUCAUCCCUGUGCUGCCCACCUCCAUGGUGGACAUCGUCUGCUGCCCGACUCCUUUCUUAGUGGGUAUUUUAUCCAGCUCGCUGCCAAAGCUCAAGGAACUGCCUGUGGAGGAGGCUUUAAUGGUUGAUCUUGGGACGGAUCGCUUCAUCAGACAGAUGGAUGACGAGGCCUCGCUGCUUCCACGCAAACUGCAAGCUGCUCUGGAGCAAUCUCUCGAACAGAGGAACGACAUCAUCAAUCAAGACUCCGACAGUGAAUCGGAUGAAGAGUGCAGCACGUCGUUGAACAGUGUGGUAUCGGAGGCCUUCAUCCGCUUUUUCCUGGAGACCAUUGGCCAUUAUUCACUGUUUCUCACCCAGGGUGAAAGAGGCGAACGGAUCUUCCAGCGCGAACCCUUCCGCAAGUCUGUGGCUUCUAAGAGCAUCCGCCGGUUUCUGGGCGUUUUCAUGGAGUCUCAGAUGUUUGCUGGAUUCAUCCAGGACCGGGAGAUGAGGAAGUGCAGGGCCAAAGGUCUUUUUGAGCAGAGGGUGGAGCAGUAUCUGGAGGAGUUACCAGACACAGAACAGAGUGGAGUCAACAAAUUUCUGAAGGGUUUAGGAAAUAAAAUGAAGUUCCUUCAUAAAAAGAACUAAAACCACUUUAUCAUGAAAAACCAAAAAAAAAAAUAAAAUAAAUAAAUAAACUGUGGACAUUUUCUACAAAUGCUCCGCCUGAAGACUAAAUCACAGAUGUUAUCAUGACGUGCCUGUUCUGUUGACCCUGACCUUCAUGUUUUUGUACAUAUUUAUGGAAGCUGUGCUGUUAUUCCCACAUGUAGCUCUGUUGUUACCUUUCCUGGUACUUUGUAUAUGACACUAGAGAAGAAAUAGGAUGGUACUGAGCGUGUGAGUGGUUAUAAAGCAGUAUAACCUCCUGAGCUGGAUGAGAUAUGUGUGAAUGGAGACUCCACAGGUGGAUGUACAGUGGCUGUGUAGUAUUUAACGCUAGAAUUUCUCCAUGAACUGCAUUUUGUACAUUUAUUAACACAUGAAGAGUAUAAUUACCUUAUUUACAGUGUUCAAUAAAAAUCAAUAAAGUCCUUUUCUGUUAAUUUC